UUCUGCUACCAGCUCAGUCCUCGGCCUUCUGUGACCCUUGGAGCCUUAUCAAUUGCCGACAGGUAUUCGGGCGGGUCAGCCUUGGACAGCUCAUUGAAAGUGCAGAGGUUCAUCAGCAGCAACUGUACUAUUUGAUUUCCUAUCAUCAUUAUUGAUCAUCAUCUUAUAUCCUUAUUUUCUCUCUCCAUCAAUCUAUUGAGCUGGUAGCUUAUCGUAGACAACAUGAAGCUCUCAAUAGCUCUCGCACUCGGUGCAACGGCUUCGACGGGGGUGUUGGCAGCCGUGGUACCGCAGCAAGAACCGCUGAUAACCCCUCAAGAUCCCCCCACUCAUCACCAUCAGGAGAAGUUCUUGAUCGAGCUGGCUCCCUAUCAGACAAGAUGGGUUACUGAGGAAGAGAAGUGGGACCUGAAGCUGGAUGGCGUGAACUUCAUCGAUAUUACUGAAGAGCGAAACACAGGGUUCUACCCGACAUUGCACGCCGGUAGCUAUGUUCACUAUCCGUCCACGAUGAAGCAUGCAGAGAAGGUGGUCCCCCUUCUGCGGGGUCUCUCCAAGGAUAACAUGGAGCAAAAUCUCAACAAGUUCACAUCCUUUCAUACUCGCUACUAUAGGUCGUCCACUGGUAUUGAGUCUGCAAAGUGGCUAUAUAGUAGAGUUUCCGAUGUCAUUGAGCAGUCGGGUGCAGCGAAGUACGGCGCGACUGUGGAGCAGUUUGCUCACUCAUGGGGCCAAUUCAGUAUCAUUGCUCGCAUCCCAGGCCAGACCAACAAAACUGUCGUCCUGGGUGCCCAUCAGGACAGCAUCAACUUGUUUCUCCCCUCUAUCCUAGCUGCACCUGGUGCCGAUGAUGACGGAAGUGGAACUGUGACUAUCCUCGAAGCUUUGCGUGGUCUGCUGCAGUCAGACGCCAUUGUUCAGGGCAACGCUUCCAACACUAUCGAAUUCCACUGGUACUCGGCAGAGGAAGGUGGCAUGCUUGGUUCGCAGGCCAUUUUCUCUCAAUACAAGAGGGAUAAGCGAGAUAUCAAGGCGAUGCUUCAACAGGAUAUGACCGGCUAUACUCAGGGAGCUCUGGACGCCGGUCGUCAAGAAGCCAUCGGGAUUAUGGUCGACUACGUUGAUGAGGGACUGACACAAUUCCUCAAAGAUGUCACCACUGAGUAUUGUGGUAUCGGCUACAUCGAAACCAGAUGUGGCUACGCCUGCUCGGACCACACAUCCGCAAGCAAAUAUGGCUAUCCCGCAGCUAUGGCGACGGAGUCCGAAAUGGAGAAUAGCAACAAGAGGAUCCACACGACUGAUGACAGCAUCCGGUAUCUAAGCUUCGAUCAUAUGCUGGAGCAUGCGAGGUUGACCCUUGGCUUCGCUUACGAGCUGGCUUUUGCUCCAUUCUAAUGUCCUUCAUGAUUUUACGUUAUUACGGGACCGAGCAGAUGAGUAUGGCUAAGUAGUGAGGCUCAUAUGUUCAGGUUCCUGAUGUCGGAUUUAAUUGUGGCAUUGAAUGAGGUUACAGAGCAAACCAAUUCACCAUUCUGUAAUGGAAUAGAUGUCUGAAGUCAAGUGUCUGCAAGGGACCCUACCUAUAUAUUACAGAUUAAUUGGAUUGGUUUUGUUGAUCCGAGAAUAAGCCUGCGACUGGGCUUUCUAUUAUUAACAUCCUACUUUGUACCAGCAAUAGGCUCAUACAUUCACUCCGAACAAACGAAAUACGCGGUGACUCUUAUGGGUGGCGUGAUGAUAGUCUGCAGAAUGGCCCGAUAAGAUAAACGAAGGAGAUCCGACCAUACUCGAUUAAGUCACACUAGCCUGAAACAGAAAGACGGUCACUCCGCCGG